AUGAUGCAGGAAUGCUUGAUAGACAGAAGGUAUCUAAUUGUUUUAGAUGACAUUUGGAGCACUCAGCAUUGGGAUGAUAUCAAAUAUGUUUUUCAUCGUUAUGUGGAAGGAAGUCGCAUAUUGUUGACCACUCGGUUCAAUGAAGUGGCUGAUUAUGCUUGCACACUCAAAGGUAAUCAUCAUGUUAUGAGUUUACUAGAUCCAAAUGAAAGUUGGGAACUAUUCUGUAAUAUCUUUCCGCUUGAAAGGUAUAGGGCACCAAGAUUUGAAAGCUUUAGGAGUCAUCUGUCCAAUGUUUUGGAGAAAUGUGAAGGAUUGCCACAGGUAAUUGUUACAGCCGCUAAGCGUUUAUCUGAAUGCAAAAACAACAUACAACAUGAAUUGAAAAAAAUGGAAAAAGAAAUAGAGUUGUUGGGAAUUCUAGAUUAUAGUGCACUCGCACUCAUUUACAAUCAAUUGCCAGAAUAUUUGAAAGUUUGCUUUUUAUAUCUUGGAAUCUUUCCAAAGCGUAGUGAAAUCCAAGUCAAAACGCUUCUUAGGUUAUGGGUUGCAGAAGGAUUUGUGAAGCCAUCAAGGAAUAAGGAGUUAGAAAAGAUUGCUUAUUUCUACUUAAAGGACCUCAUUGAUAGAAGUCUUGUACUCUUGUUGUUUGCGGAAGUGACAGUGAAUCACAACUUGGAGUUCCUACUCUCCAUUUUGCCAUCAACAAUUUGGGAGUCACCACAGUUAAGGCAUAUUGAACUUGGUGCUUUGUAUACUGUUGAUCCUCCCAGUGUGGUAAAGAAGAAUUUGCAAACAUUAUCUUGGGUAGGUCCAACUCAUUGCAGAAAGGGAGUUUCUGUUGGCUGCAUUGUAACAUUUCCUGAACGGUGUGCGUUUCCUUCACAACUGAAGAAAUUGAGUUUGAGUGGGACUAAUCUUUUUGGGCGGGAUUUAACUGUAAUUGGCUCAUUGAAACGUCUUGAGGUGCUCAAGAUGGAAAAUGCUUUCCAUGAAGAAGUGUGGAGAGUAUAUGAAGGAGGAUUUUAUGGAUUAAAGUAUUUGGUCCUUAAAGAUAAAAAACUCAAGAGGUUGGAGGCUUACACAGAUGCUUUCCCAUGUCUUGAGUACCUAGUUCUAAGAUGUUGUCAUUAUUUGGAAGAGAUUCCAAGCAGUUUUGGAGAAAUUUUCUGCUUGAAGUCAAUUGAAUUGGAUAGGUGCAGCCGCCCUUCCAUUGUCACUUCUGCCAAGGAUAUUCAAGAGAAGCUAAAUAAAAAUUUUGGAGAAGCUAAAUAA